AUGUCGGUAUCGAGCUCGUCCGAGGAUGAUGGACCACGCCCGGGAACCUCCAAGGGCGACAGGCGGCGGCGUCCCCAACCCAAGACACCACAACAGAAGAUAGAUGACUUUUGGGACAAAUACAAGACCAAGGCGCCUGGAAAGGCUACUUCCAUCAUUCCUCAACAGAAUGACUUCUCUGAGCGCGCAGCUAAACGGGCUUCGGCUAAGUGUCUCGGCCCGGCCAAGACUACUCAACAGUCCUACGAGGACGCCGCAGCACAGUGUCGGCACAAGGUCGCCCAGAUCGUCAAGGAGUGCCGCCGGGUCAACCAGAAGUACCGUGAUCCGCACUUCGACCUGGAGAUCGACCUCAAGCUCAACCGGCGGGACUGCCUGGACUCCCUGGACAACGUCAAGGACGACGACCGCAGCGACGACUACAUCCGGGACCCGCCGCUCAAGGACCGCGACCACCAGCAGCCCGGGUCCGCCACCAGCGUCAUGGGUAUGCUGGACCGCAUCGACAGGGAGAACGCCGCGCUACCCACAGACGGAGAUGGUGAGUCGAAGCUCCGCCCUCAGGCGGUCAAAAGAGUCGUAGACAUAUUCGACGACCCUAAGUUCUUCAUCGAUGGCCCCACAGCCCACGACGUCCGCCAGGGCAGGGAUGGCGACUGCUGGCUUAUGGCCGCGCUGUGCACCAUCAGUAACAAGCCGGGUCUGAUCGAGAGGUGCUGCGUGGCGCACGACCACGAGGUUGGCGUGUACGGCUUCGUGUUCCACCGGGAUGGGGAGUGGUUCAGCGAGAUCAUUGACGACAAGUUGUACCUCACAAAACCGGACUAUGACGAGCGGUGCUUGGAGCGUAUGCUUUGGGAAGACCGAGAGCGGGUCAACUCUGAGGAGGCGUACCGCAAGAUCUAUCAGUCCAACAGCGGCGCUUUGUAUUUUGCCCAGUGUGAAAAUCCGAACGAGACGUGGCUCCCGCUCCUCGAGAAGGCCUACGCCAAAGCCCACGGCGACUAUUCCGCUAUUGAAGGCGGCUAUGGGGGCGAGGGGAUUGAGGAUCUCACCGGCGGCGUGACCUCUGAGAUUUACACGACCGACAUACUCGACAAGGAGCACUUCUGGACUGAAGAGCUGAUGAAGGUCAAUCAGGAUUUUCUGUUUGGCUGUUCCACUGGUGUCUGGGGUCGCGGCUGGGGUGAGCGCAAAGGGAUAGUGGAGCUCCACGCAUACUCCGUCCUCAAAGCCCGCGAGAUCGACGGCGUGCGCCUCGUGCUCCUCAAGAACCCCUGGGGGAAGCACGAGUGGAAGGGCGCAUGGUCGGACGGGUCCAAGGAGUGGACGGCCGAGUGGCUGCAGAAGCUCGACCACAAGUUCGGGGACGACGGGUCCUUCUGGAUCUCGUACGACGACCUCCUCAAGAAGUACCAGGCGUUUGACCGCACGAGGCUGUUCGACUCGAGCUGGAAAGUCGCGUCGAUCUGGACGACCCUCAACGUGCCGUGGACGCUGGACUACCACGACACAAAGUUCGCCUUCUCGCUCCUCAAGCCCGGGCCGGUCGUCAUCGUGUGCUCGCAGCUCGACGAGCGCUACUUCAAGGGCCUCGAGGGCCAGUACCGCUUCGAGCUGAGCUUCAGGCUGCACAAGUCGGGCGAGGAGGACUACGUUGUGAGGAGCCAGGGAUAUUACCGCAUGAAUCGCAGCAUCAACGUGGAGCUCGAACUUGAGGCGGGCGAUUACGUCGUCGUGGUCAAGAUCGACGCAUUGCGCAACGAGGGGAUCAUGCCCGUCGAAGAUGUCAUACGAGCCUUUGCCAAGGAGAGGAGGGAGAAGCUGCUCCGCAUCGGGUUCGCGUAUGACCUUGCGCACAGCAAAGGAAGGAUUAUUGAGACCCCCGAGGAGAAGUCCGCAAGGGAGAACUAUGAGAAGAAGAAGCGAGACAGGGAGAGGAAGAAGAUGGCCAAGUUGAUAAUGAAGCAGAGGGAAGAGGAGCGCAAACACGCCAUCCGGCAGACAAUGAAGAAGAAGAAGGCGACUGAGAAGGCCAGAGCCCGCGCGAAGGCAAGAGACGAGAGACGGCAGGCGAGAAAGGAGGCGAAGGAGAAGGCUGAAGAGGAACGGAAGAAGAAAAAGGACGAGGAAAGAUGCGCAGACAAAUCACCUGGUGGAACCACGGCCAGGGGCAAUACCGCUUCUGCCAAAGACAAGGGCACGGAGGGCACGGAGGGCACCAACAAGCUCGAAAAUAAAGACAGCGAAGGUCAGGCUGCCCCAGGUGACAAAAACGGUGCCAGACUUGAGAUACCAUCCGACGAUAAGAGCGUCGCAGAGGGAUCCAAGGACGGCAACGAUUCGAGCACCGAGCCCGGAGAUAACACGCCUGCCUCGAGCACCAUGUUUGAGAGGACACCUGUCGAGAUCGAGGAGACACAGGAAGAAGACGCGUACGUAACAGCCGCCGAGGAGGAAGGGGAGAGCCAGCCAACGACUUCCAUGGAAGCGUCCAAGGGAGAGGAGCCACCUCCGACGCCCAGGGCUUCCCAGCCCAAGCCUGAGAAAGCGGCCCCCAAGCCGUCUGCAGACAAAGCAGGGCCACCGCCUCACAUGCAUGUGGACAUCGGCGUGCAGACGGGCCCCGGACUCCCCUUGCCCCCGAGGACCCCUGGCCCACCACCGGGCUAUCUCUACUCACCGCCGCCACCACCACCACCCCGUGUUGCAGUAUACGACCACCCUCGCGGCCAGCGCCACCACUUACCACCUCAUCUCCGCGGCAUCCCCUACUCCUCGAUGCGGCCGCCGCCACCGCCGCCGCCCGGCGCGUCCUCGUCGUGCAGCUCGGACGCCUCGACCGACGACGGCAUCGAGGACCUAGAUUCGAUGUCCGAGGUGAGUGAGCACGAGAUCGACCUGUACCUGGAGGCGCAGGACAAAGCGCGGGCCGCGGCGGCGCGGGCGGCCAAGGCGAACCAGCCCUCGAGCCCGUCGCCGCCGAGCGGACCGACCUGUGAGGAUGAGCUGAACGAGUUCGAGAAAGACCCGUGGAAUGCGGUUGGGGUCUUCGGGCUGAGGGUCUAUUACAAAUCGGAGGGCGGGAACGGGGACGACGACAUUGUGAAGCUCAGGGUGGAGAGGCCGAAUCCGUGGAUGUGGGAGGACGACAGCGACGAUGAGGCGGACGACGAGAAGGAAAAGGGAAAGGGGACGAUUGGAAAGGACGCCGUUGCUGAGAACGUCACUGCCGAGGAGAAGAAGGAGGACGAGAAGGCGCUGGAGGGGGAAGCCUCGGCGCAAACAACUCUCGACGACGUGGAGGUCGUGAGGCAGGCGGGCCAGGGCGAGGUUGACAGCUCCCAGGACACCGAGACUGGCAGAGGGACUGAGGCGCCGAAGGCUGAACCUGUCAAGCUGCAGGUCGAAGCACCUACCAAGGAGGCGGGGACGGACAAGACAGUGAUUCCUGCGGGGACGUCCGGGACGUAA